AUGUCGACGACGACGACAGCAACUAUAGCGCCACCGCAAAUCGAUGCGCUCCUCCUCGAGGAUAGACAUAUUCGCCCCACGGAGGAUGUGCGGCCAAAAUCUCGGAAGAAGCUCGUCCAGCAGGUGGUGGUCAUCUCUCAGCUCUUUGCAGUCACUCUCACGGCCAGCGUGAUCAAUGGCCUGGUCAUUGUCGGCCUCCCGACGAUCACGAAGGAUCUCCAACUGCCGUCCUCCUUGUCCUUCUGGCCGUCGUCAGUGAGCAACCUGGCCACUGCUUCUACUCUCCUUCUCGCAGGCUCUAUCGCCGACGCUGUUGGUCCGCGAUGGGUUGAGAUCGUGGGGUCUUUUGCCAGUGGAGCCCUGAUGAUCGGUCAAGGCGUGUCUCGGAAUGGAUCAGAGCUGGUUGUCCUGAGAGCCCUGCAGGGCGUUGGUCUGGCACUGCAUUUGGCUUCAUCAGUGUCCAUCAUCACGCAGCUGCUUCCACCCGGGAGAGGUCGGAACCUGGCCUUCUCUUGUAUCGGUCUCAGUCAACCGCUGGGCUUUUCGCUUGGACUGGUCGUGGGAGGUAUUCUCGUCGACACCAUCGGCUGGCGGUCUGGAUGGUAUCUCGCCGGAGGGAUCACUCUCUUCUUCGCCGCUAUGGGCCUGUGGGCUUUGCCCAAGAGCAAAAGCCACCAGUAUGCGGACCGUAUGCACAACAUCCGGACCAAGGUGGACUGGGUCGGUGCGUGUUUGGCUUCUGCCUUCAUGGCCUUGCUGUGUUAUCUUCUAGCUAUUGUCAGCGCGAAUCCCUCGCGGAUCCGGUCCGCAGAGGCCAUCGUCAUCUUGUGUCUGGCUGCCGUGGCCCUGCCGGCUUUCUCCGCCUGGGUGCAUUAUCAGGUCAAGCGGGAUAAGCCAGCCCUGAUUCCCAACUCGCUGUGGAAAAACAUGUCAUUUACGAGCAUCUGUGCGACGGUGGCCCUGUCCAAUGCCGUCCUGAACUCCAUGGAGCUCUUCGCGAGUUUGUUCUUCCAAGAGGUCCAAGACCUCUCCGCCCUGCAAGCCUCCAUCCGCAUCCUCCCCAGUCUAGUAGUGGGCGUCCUCCUCAAUCUCUUCAUCGGCAUCUUUGUCCACAAGGUUCCUGCCUUCUGGAUUGUAACGAUCUCCUCCAUCCUGUGCGCUGGGGCGCCCAUCCUCAUGGCCGUGAUCCAGCCUUCAUGGCCGUACUGGGGUAACGCCUUCGUCGCCCAGCUCCUCCAGCCCGUCAGCUUCGACGCGCUGUUUACUGUCGGUCUGAUAGUCAUCACGGAUGUCUUCCCCGACCAUACGCAAGCACUGGCCGGCGCCGUCUUCAACACCUCAGCGCAGUUUGGCAGUGCGCUCGGCAUGGCUAUCCUCCAGGUGAUCUCCACUCUUGUUACGGAUAAGUCGAGCAAGGAAGAGUCGCGGGCGCUUAUGGAGGGUUAUCGGGCGAGUUUCUGGACAAUGUUUGGGUUCAUGAUCCUAUGCACGGGGAUUGGGUUCUUCGGAUUGCGGAAGGCUGGGAGGGUUGGAUUGAAGCGGGACUGA